CCGAUGUAGAGUCCGCAGCACACGGGACCGCAACUUAAAACACAUGUCUAGAUAACCCGUCUGGACUUUCCUCCUCGGGGGUUUUUUUUCUCCCCCCCCCGUUUUUUUCUUUACACAUUAAACAACAACAUGAUGAAGAAUUGUUGGUAUAAGAUUUCGUGACGACGCCGGCGGACCUACCAACCGGCGAAUCUUACCGAAGCAAAGCGCCGAGUUACCCUAACCUUUAGCUAGCCUGCUAGCUAGCCGCUAGCGUUCAACUCAUCCGGUCCGGUCAGCCACCUGCGCGCCGUGCCACCAACCCCCCCACCCACCCCGCUGUUAGCCGGCAACUCUCGGCAACGCGUGUGUAUAUAUACCCGUCUUGGCAAGCGAGGCGGCGUUUUCCUCGACUGAGGGGCGAAGGGGGUGAAAGCCGUGCCGGGGGUGAGGGAGCCGUUGGACGAAACAGAAGCGGUGCCCCGAAGUGGCCGUUCGCCAUGGAUAACGCACACACGAAGACGGUGGAAGAAGUUUACGGCUUUUUCAACGUGAACGAGAGUACGGGCCUGGGUUCGGACCAAGUGAAGAAGCAGCGAGAGCGAUAUGGACCCAACGAACUGCCAGCUGAGGAGGGUAAAUCUCUGUGGGAACUGGUGAUUGAACAGUUUGAAGACUUGCUUGUAAGAAUUCUUCUGCUCGCUGCCUGCAUAUCCUUUGUGCUGGCCUGGUUUGAGGAAGGAGAAGAGACCGUCACAGCCUUUGUUGAGCCUUUUGUUAUCCUGUUGAUUCUCAUCGCGAACGCCAUCGUAGGAGUCUGGCAGGAACGAAAUGCAGAGAAUGCCAUUGAAGCUCUCAAGGAGUAUGAGCCAGAAAUGGGGAAGGUGUACCGCCAGGACAGGAAGAGCGUCCAGAGGAUUAAGGCGAGGGACAUUGUGCCUGGAGACAUUGUGGAAGUGGCUGUUGGUGAUAAAGUGCCUGCAGACAUCCGGCUGACUGCCAUCAAGUCAACCACACUGAGGGUAGACCAGUCCAUUCUCACAGGAGAGUCGGUUUCUGUGAUCAAGCACACGGACCCAGUGCCCGACCCUCGUGCUGUCAACCAGGACAAAAAGAACAUGCUCUUCUCUGGCACCAACAUUGCGGCUGGUAAAGCUGUUGGCGUGGUGGUCGCCACUGGCGUCAACACGGAGAUCGGCAAGAUACGUGAUGAGAUGGCGUCCACAGAGCAGGAGCGCACUCCGCUGCAGCAGAAGUUGGAUGAGUUUGGGGAGCAGUUAUCCAAGGUAAUCUCACUAAUCUGCAUUGCUGUGUGGAUCAUCAAUAUCGGCCAUUUCAACGAUCCAGUUCAUGGAGGCUCCUGGAUCCGUGGGGCUGUGUACUACUUCAAGAUUGCAGUUGCUCUGGCUGUCGCCGCCAUCCCAGAGGGUCUGCCUGCUGUCAUCACCACCUGCCUGGCUCUGGGGACACGCAGGAUGGCGAAGAAAAACGCCAUCGUCCGUAGCCUGCCCUCUGUGGAGACCCUGGGCUGUACCUCUGUCAUCUGCUCUGACAAGACUGGCACCCUGACCACCAAUCAGAUGUCUGUCUGCAGGAUGUUCAUCAUUGACCAGGCAGAGGGUGAUCACUGUUCCCUGAGAGAAUUCACUGUCACUGGGUCCACAUACGCCCCUGUUGGAGAAGUAUUUCAUGAUGGUAAACCGGUGAAAUGUUCCCAGUAUGAUGCCUUGGUGGAGCUGGCCUCCAUCUGUGCUCUCUGUAAUGAUUCUUCUUUGGACUACAAUGAGACCAAAGGUGUGUAUGAGAAGGUGGGUGAGGCCACAGAGACGGCUCUCACCUGCCUCGUGGAGAAGAUGAACGUGUUCGACACCGAUGUUCAUGGCCUGUCCAAGAUUGAAAGAGCUAACGCCUGUAACUCUGUGAUUAAGCAGCUGAUGAAGAAGGAGUUUACUCUGGAAUUUUCCAGGGACAGGAAGUCCAUGUCUGUGUACUGCACCCCUAACAAGGCCCGCUCUUCAAUUGGCAAGAUGUUUGUCAAGGGUGCCCCAGAGGGCGUAAUUGACAGGUGCACACACAUCCGUGUUGGCAGUAGCAAAGUGCCCCUGACCCCCGGCAUCAAGGAGAAGUUGAUGUCGGUUAUCCGGGAGUAUGGAACGGGCAGGGACACCCUGCGAUGUCUGGCACUGGCCACCAGGGACAACCCCAUGAGCAAGGACGACCUGGUGCUGGAGGACUCUGCUCGUUUUUCUGAAUACGAGACUGAUUUGACAUUUGUUGGCUGUGUGGGCAUGCUGGACCCUCCGAGGGCAGAGGUUGCAGCUUCUAUCAAACUGUGCCGUCUUGCUGGCAUCAGAGUGAUCAUGAUCACUGGAGACAACAAGGGCACGGCCGUGGCCAUCUGCAGACGCAUUGGGAUUUUUGGAGAAGAAGAUGACGUUUCCAGCAUGGCUUUCACUGGCAGGGAGUUCGAUGACCUGUCGCCCGCUGAGCAGAGAGAAGCUGUCGUUAAGGCCCGCUGCUUUGCCCGUGUUGAGCCUUCCCAUAAAUCCAAGAUUGUUGAGUUCCUGCAGUCCUACGAUGAGAUAACUGCUAUGACGGGCGAUGGAGUAAAUGACGCCCCCGCUCUCAAGAAGGCCGAGAUUGGGAUUGCUAUGGGCUCUGGCACAGCUGUGGCCAAGACAGCCUCUGAGAUGGUGCUAGCAGAUGAUAACUUCUCCACCAUCGUAGCUGCAGUGGAGGAGGGGAGAGCCAUCUACAAUAACAUGAAACAGUUCAUCAGAUACCUCAUCUCCUCUAAUGUGGGAGAGGUUGUCUGUAUCUUCUUGACUGCAGCACUGGGCUUCCCAGAAGCCUUGAUCCCUGUCCAGCUGCUCUGGGUCAACUUGGUUACUGAUGGUUUGCCUGCAACUGCAUUGGGCUUCAACCCUCCGGAUCUAGACAUCAUGAACAAGCCCCCACGCAAUGCCCGUGAACCCCUCAUCUCUGGAUGGCUCUUUUUCAGAUACCUGGCAAUUGGAUGUUAUGUAGGUGCUGCCACUGUUGGUGCUGCAGCCUGGUGGUUUGUUGCUGCUGAUGAUGGACCAAGGAUCACCUUUUACCAGCUGAGUCACUUUCUGCAAUGUGGCCCUGAAAAUCCAGACUUCAAGGGUCUAGACUGUGGAGUGUUUGAAUCACCCUACCCUAUGACCAUGGCUUUGUCUGUGCUGGUCACUAUUGAGAUGUGCAAUGCCCUCAACAGCGUGUCAGAGAACCAGUCGCUGCUGCGGAUGCCUCCAUGGGAGAACGUCUGGCUGCUGGGAGCCAUCUGCCUAUCCAUGUCGCUUCACUUCCUCAUCCUCUAUGUGGAGCCUCUGCCCAUCAUCUUCCAGAUUACACCGCUGAAUUUGACCCAGUGGCUGAUGGUGCUGAAGAUUUCCCUGCCUGUGAUCCUGCUGGACGAACUGCUCAAGUUCGCCGCUAGGAACUACCUAGAGCCUGGUAAAGAAUUGGAGAAACCCGCCACCACUAAGGGCUGCUCCCUGUCUGCAUGCACAGAGGGCAUCUCCUGGCCUUUUGUGGCAAUUUCCCUCCCCUUGGUGGCCUGGAUCUACAGCACCGACACUAACCUGGCCGACAUGUUCUGGUCCUGACUGACUUGAGCACACCCCUGACUCUUCCGUUUCCCCCUUUUCCCCUCCUGCCACCCCCCCCCACUUUUCCCUCCCCCUCCCUCUCCGCCUUCCUUUGUGUGCGCCUAGCUAGUUUGUGUGUGUGCGUGUGUAUAGUUAGAGUGUGUGCUUGUGUAUGCCAGCCGAGUGUGCACAAGAAGGACCAAGUGUAACAUAUAAUAGGAAAUGAAUUAAAAUGUAUCAUCGAGGAGUCAUUUCAUAAAAAAAAGACAAAACCAUGACUGGACGAGGCUUUAAACGUGAGUGUAAGGCAGCCGUCACUCCCACAGCUGUGGACUUCCUGCUCUAAACAAAAAAUACUGUCAGGCUUUGUUUUUAUUACUGUCAAAUAUUGCUUUUUAAUUAUUUUGUAAUUUUAAUCGUUUGAGACUAUUAUUCAUUCAUUCAUUCCACUGCAGUACAAACAGAUCCUGUGUUUUUUUUAAGUUCCCCUCAUGUGAAUUUACCCAUUUAGCAGCAGUCCAGUGACCUUACAAAGAUUUAACACAAUUUUAUACAAUUUUUUUUUUUGUUCAUUGCUUUGUACAUGUUUUGACCAGCAUGGCCUCGAAGCAACACCUUAAUGAAUAUUCUCAUGUUAACAUUGUGUUUUCAUAAUCAAACCCAACUUAAAACUCUUUCAGUAGUGCACAGACGGGCGUCUCGCGGCAGAGGAUCGGAAAGGUUUGGGAGUGAACGUUUGAAAGCAUCGGUGUGGAAAAAAAAAUACCCUGAAAAUGAAAACUGCAUGUUCUGACAAAGCAUGAACUGUAUGUGUGUGUGUUUUAUUUUUUAUCAUUUAUAAUUUAAUUGUUUGCCCCCUCCCCCCUUCCCAUAUUAGUGUAAGAUACCAUGAUGGAUGUUUUUUUUCUACUAAUAUGAUUUGAAAAGCCAGUUUUUCUGCACUGGGCAGAGCACAGCUACCUCAAUACGAUCAGUUUAGCUCAUCUGGAGACGCUGUUCCCCACGGCUCCCCGCGGUCCACCACAUCCAGCAGUUUAUUCUCACCACGGCGGGACAUCUGAGGUGUGCCCCUACUCGCUUGUGCAGAAAACGUACGAACAACAUCGCCGCUCCCCCUAAACCUCCUCAUGCUUGUGUGAUCCUGUUGAACUGAUUUUAGCCGUCGAUUAACUUUAUUUGUGUUGUGUUUGUGAGACGGGACGGCGUAGGGAUAAAGGGUGACGACGAUGGGGUUUUGAUUCAAAGGAGAGUAAUACUGCUAAUGCUUCCGAGUACUCCGAACAUUUAACACUUAUUGCAACUGAGACCCCCCCUCCCCCUCCCCCCCAAAUGUUUUUUUUUUCCACUUCCAGGAAAAAUACAUUCAUGAAGCCUUUGAAUCAAAGUGUUUCUGUCUUUAUUUAACAGGACUGCAACAAGCCGGGUUGCACAAAACUCGUUUAUAUGCCUUUUAUUGUCUUCUGUGUUUUAUGGAUGUGCAUAUAAUACUUGAAAUACAAGACGGUGUACAGAGUCUGAUGACUGCUUCCUGUUUACUUGGUACAACACGGCUUGCAGGGGCUGUUAUUUAUAAUACAGAACAAACGGAUCCGGUGUAUUUUUUUGACCCCCUUCGUGGGUUUCGGUGUAUAGAGAUCUGGCCGUUUGUACCCGGGAGUAUCAUACCGUGUAGUAUAGUAAUCGCUGCAUCAGAGUCUGUACAGUCACCACGCUGAUCUUAAACCGCUUUUAACCGGCGUUUUGUACCUGAGAAGCCAUGUGUGGGGGGAUAACGCCACAGGGUAAAGCAUGUUGUGUUGUUUUUUCUUGUUUGGGUUUGUUUUCCUUGUUGUUGGGUUGAAGCUUGAGCUUGUUCACAUUGUUGUACUCACAGCUGUGUGCUUUCUCCUUCAAUGCCUACCAUUGGCUCCCUUGUCACUCGAGUGAGUAUCCCUUUGCCUUCACACGCCACAAAACACAAGUGCACAAUGUGACUCGAGAGGGGGAAGAGGUCGUGUCUCUCACUUCAUUAGCGAUGGGGAAACUCGCUGCACCUUUGUCACUGGGUUUCCAAAGUCAGAUUAUGAAAGAUUGACAGCCCCCCCUUUUUUUUUCUCCUCCAAUUGUAUCCAGCCAAUAACCCUACUCUUCUGAGCUGUCCCGGUCGCUGCUCUGCCCCCCUCUGCCGAUCCGGGGAGGGCUGCAGACUACCACAUGCCUCCUCCGAUACAUGUGGAGUCGCCGGCCGCUUCUUUUCACCUGACAGUGAGGAGUUUCACCAGGGGGACGUAGCGCGUGUUGGUAGGCAACGGAAUUGAACGCUAUGCCACCCGGACGCCCCAAGAUUGACAGUUUUGACUUCAGUUUUGGUGGCGCAGUGGUUAACGCGGUCGCCUCACAGCAAGAAGGCCCCGAGUUCGAAUCCCCGGGGUUGGCCAACCUUGGGGGUCGUCCUCUGUGUGGAGUUUGCGUGUUCUCCCCCGUGUCUGCGUGGGUUUCCUCCAGGUGCUCCGGUUUCCUCCCACAGUCCAAAGACAUGUAGGUCAGGUGAAUCGGCCGUACGAAAUUGUCCCUAGGUGUGACUGUGUCGACCCUGUGAUGGCCUGGCGGCCUGUCCAGGGUGUCUCCCCACAUGCCGCCCAAUGACUGCUGGGAUCGGCUCCAGCAGCCCGCGACCCGAAUUCGGAUAAGUGGCUUGGACAACGGAUGGCUGGAUGACAGUUUUGAGUUGUCUCUGAUGUGAUGAUGUUGCCACUGCAAGAUAACAGUAAAGCAUCACGUCAUCCGUCAAAGUUGAACUUGGUCUAACGAUUGGUUGCCCAUCGACUCUCUUCAGGAAACACUUGAUUUGCUGGGUUGACUGGCACCCUGACCGUACGGCGCGCUACCUGAUGCUCAAUUUAUCAACGUUAAACCAAGAAAACAUGGAUUAUAGCAGCGCGGGUUCGAUCACCACCGCUUAUGUCGGGGACUCGAAUACAAGAAUAAGCAAAACCGGCCUAAAUUUUGAAAUCAGUAUUCACAUGCUAGCACUGCUCCUUUUCACCCUCUUGACACACCUGCUUAUAUAGUCUCACCAUCAUUAAAAUGGGUUUUAAGGCAAGAAAUGAAAAGUCAUUUGUUUUACAAUACAGCAAGUACGUGACAUUUUUUUUAAGUGCUAAUAUUUUGUUCUAAUUUUGCCCCUCUAGGUUGGCUCUCGUAAAAGACUCGCAUUUUCUGCAGUUAAGAGUAGGUGCAGAGGCUGGCAUUGUCCCACCAUCUAGUAUGUGUGCCCUCUGUAACCUCGUAGCACGUCACAUCCCCAAGGCACCGCGGCAAUGUAAGCACCCUCUGCAGACGAAGGGACGGGUUUUAAGGUGUUUUAACUGCAAAAUGGGAAAAAAAAAGAACCAAAUAAAGUUGACUUGUGCCAGAAUGUGCACAUGCAAACGUCAUCCCGUCUGUAAAUUGAUGCCAACUAUUCCAGUUUUGUGUGCAGGGAAGUCUGCGGUAUCCUUGUAAUUCCUUCCUAGCAUGAAGAACUUGUCUCCGAGCUUUUGUCACCCAUGAUCACUGUGGUCAUUUUUCAUGUCGAAGUACAACAGUCACGCAUGCACUUAAGCUGUAAGUAGGCUUGGCAGAUUCAUAUUUAUAGAUUAUAAUAUUGUAUAAUGCUCCAUUACAUGACGGAUGGUUUUACAGGAGAAAAAGAUAAAAUAUAUUGGAUAAUCACUGUUUUUAUUAUAAUGCUUUGGGGGAUUUGCACAAUGUUGUACUUGGAAGAAAAGAAAAAAAAAGUAGUUAUGUUUAGGACUUGACUGGUCUGCUUCUUGAGUUUGAACGUUUGUCAAUUUAUUUACUUGCAAGUGGAUUUAGGCCUUCGCAAACAGGAUAUCGGACUGACACUUGGCUCCAUCGGUGUCUUGCAAUACAACAGUGUUAUACUGUACUGUGUUCUCUGCAUCACCAACUUCACCAACAUAACCUGCAGUUAAACUGUGAUGAGGUGGGGGGGGGGGUACAGUGCCCCUCCCCCCCAGUCUGUGGAAGAACAAUGUUAUGCAUAUGUAAAAUGACGAUCAUUGUGUGUGCCAAUGAUGAUUGUACUUGCAUUACUGAGAUUGUGGUUUCAGGUAAAUAAACAAAACAAAAACAU